AAAAUGUGCUUUUAUGUUUUUGCAUACGUCGUGAAAACACAAGAUAGGCUAACAUUUUCGAUUAUUGUGCUGUUCUGAGCUGAUGAAGGGAGGAGAUGAGAGUGGAGCAGGGCGGCGCUUUGUGCUCCUGCGGGAUCCUUCCUGCACACUGGAAGCGAAGUUCAGAGCAAGAAGCAAAAGUGCACUAAAUAAACCCGACUGCGAGUGUUAAACACGUUCAGCUGAAGCGUUCGCAGGAGUCUGUCUGUCCUGAGGCGCGCGUCUGGAUGCGGAAAUACUCCUGACUCAAUAUAUGGAUGAAGCACAAAGUGGAAGGUAAUCCUUGAGGAAAGUUGUGUGAUUUAAAGAUGCGCUGGGGUUGUUCCUGCGCGCUGCCGCUGCUGCUGCUGCUGCUGGAUAACGCCGUGACCGCACCUGCGUGGAGAAACCCCACGGUGGCUAGUCUUCAUUUGAAUAAACCGUGUGUGCAGACGGCAGCUCCUGUGGAAGUGAGACCUCAUCGAGGUCAGGCCCGAUCCAAGCGCUAUGCCAUCAACCCACUGGGAUACAAGUGGGAGCAUUUCAACGUCACCUACAAGAUCACAAAGUUCCCCAACACACUGAAUAAAGAUGACACGCGCAAAGCUAUCAGCAUCGCCUUCACGAAAUGGAGUGAUGUUUCUCCUCUGACUUUCACUGAAAUCACCAACCCCAACAAAAGUGCUGACAUCACUAUAGGCUUCUACACGUACAAUCACACAGAUUGCUGGUGGUCUCCACUGCAUCCGUGUUUUGAUGGACUGAACGGUGAGCUGGCCCACGCCUUCCUUCCCCCACGUGGAGAGAUUCACUUUGACAACCAUGAAUUCUGGAUUCUGGGCAAAUCCCGCUUCAGCUGGAAACAAGGUGUGUGGCUGAAUGACCUGGUUCAGGUAGCUGCUCAUGAAAUCGGUCACGCUUUAGGCCUCUGGCAUUCACGGGACCCUAAUGCUUUAAUGCACCCUAAUGCAACGUACACGGGUCAGAGGAACAUCGCUCAAGAUGAUAUCUGGGGCAUCCAGCGCCUUUACGGAUGCAUGGACAAGAAGCGAGUGUGUGACCCUUGGGCCCGCUUGGGUUUCUGUGAGAGGAGGCGGAGCUUCAUGAAGAAGAACUGCCCGCAGCGCUGCGACCUGUGCUACGAGCCUCUGGAUGCAGUGUCUACACCGACACCUCCUCCUGAAAAUGUGAAGAUCAAAAUUGUGCCUCGUGGAAAAGUUGUGGGCUUCCGCUGUGGGACAAAAAAUACCAGAGUGCCUCCAAAAGUCAGCUGGUAUAAGGACGGCGAGCAGUUGCUGACAUCCAUUCCUGGUUAUAUUGUAAUUAAAGAUCGAGACCUGCGGCUCGUGGCCAAUGAAUUCAACGAAGGCACGUAUACCUGCCGCAUCCAUCGGCGCGGUAACGUCGUCUCUGCCAACUCGUGGGCCAUCCGGCUGAAGCCAGAGCAGUCGUCCAACAACAGCUGAUGGAGCGAUGCUGAUGUACUGAUCACAUGCUCUACCUCCAGGGCUCUCCUCCGCUGCGGCGCAGACAGCUCUGUCAUAAUGGACGACCUGCACAAGUGGGCGUUUCCAACCUUCAUAACGCUGAGAUCCAAGACAAUAUUCGGAAGGACCACCAAUUAGAUUUUCUUUUGUACUUCUGCUGCAGUGAUGACAAAGGUGCUUUUUUAUUAUAAGGUAAACGUCACUUUUGAUGCAUUAGAUUUGGUUUCAAAGAUGCUUAAAAAAUCUCUGAAUGUUAAAAAAUGAAUUGCAAACAUUUUAGAUGAAUUGAGGAGGGAAAAAAAUCUAAAUCUUCACAACCUGGUUUGCAAAGGUACAGUUUCAUACUUAGUGGUGCAUGUGAAGUCCCCAGUUUUUCAGUAGCCUUGAUUUGAGUGUUUUUAACGGCCGUUCACACCAUGGACAAUAACAACAAUAACUAUAAAGUGUUAAUAAUCAUUCUAAUUCUUUAGAGAAGUCCACGGCACAACUAAAACAAUAACAACGGAAGUAUAAAAGUUUAACGCUUUUUAAAAAUACAGAUUGUUUUAAAGCAGCUUUACAGAAAAAUUGUGAUGUUACUGUUUAUGACAUCUUAUAUUCAGGCUUUAUAGUUGCAUUUAGCAGCUUACAGCUGGGCGAUAAUAUCGUGACAUUUUGUAUAUAGAAUAAGAAGAAUAUCAAGCACUUGAGAUUUGUUAAAUAGUACGUAUGUGGAUGAAGUUGGAUAUGACAAUUUAUAACUUUAUACACAGGAAGAAUUACAUUGGAAUAAUUUUCAGAACAGAAUUUUUUACAGCUGAACUGAUUGACAGCCAGUCAGAAUCCAAGCACUCACAGCUUAAGCACUUAAAGUGGCAGACGCGCUAUAAACAGAACGUUAGGACCCCUGUCGUCAUGGACACUAAUAUAGUUAUCAUUAUAGUUAUGGCUUGUGGUGUGAAUGGGCCUUUAGCUUGUUAACAAAAA